UCAUUUGAAUGAAAGAUUAUAUUCUCUGAACUUGGUAGCUGGUGCUUUAAAUGAUUGUUUAGCUGCAAUAUUUUUGAUGUUCUGUUAAGUAGAACACACUUAAAUAAUCUUCAUUAAUUGAUGAGAAUUUGAAUUAAUUAAAACUAAAUUCAGGAUGUUUCCAAAUAGAGAUCUUACUAGACCUGCUAAAUAAGAAUCAUUUGAAAUGAGCAUGUUAUUUAUAUGUAGUUGUAUACGUGGUUGACAUUGCAUGGAAAUUAUUUUCUCUUGAGACAUUGGACUAGAAUUUAUAAAGUAAGAAUUUUACUAUGGCUCUGCUGUUGACUGGCCGGCCGUGUGAAACUAUUUUUAUCAGUCAAUCACUUUAACUUUUAAUUCCUUAAUUAUAAAGUGACAAACUUGUACAAUGCAGUUUCUUUUUUUUUUAAAUAAAAAAUUAAGCCCAAACCUCACCAUGCAAUUCCUUUUUUCUUUCUUUCUUUUCUUUUCUUUUUUUUUUUUGAGAUGGAGUCUCACUCUGUUGCCCAGGCUGGAAAGAAGUGGCACAAUUUCUGCUCACUGCAACCCCUGCCUCCCGGGUUCAAGCCAUUCUCCUGCCUCAGCCUCCUGAGUAGCUGGGACUACUGGCUUGUGCCACCAUGCCCAGCUAAUUUUUGUAUUUUUUUUUUUAGUAGAGAUGGGGUUUCACCAUGUUGGCCAGGCUGGUCUUGAACUCCUGACCUCAAGUGAUCCACCUGCCUCGGCCUCCCAGAGUGCUGGGAUUACCGGCAUGGGCCACACAUGGCCACAACAUGCAUUUUUAAUAUAUCACAAUCUACCUUCAAAUAGUGUUAUGCCAUUUUGUAUAUAAUGUAAGACUUUUACAGCUGCCUAUCUAUUUACCUUCUCCUAUCUUUUGUGUUAUUGUUUCCAUACACUUACUCCUAAGUAUAUUAUAACCCCCACAAUAUACUGUUAUUAUUGUUGCUUUAAACAAUCUAAUAUCUUUUAAAGAAAUCUAAAAAUUAUGGGGAUGAUCAGUGAUGUUAUGGGAAGUGGCAAAAUAAAAACAUCCCAAAAUCCUGUCCUUUAUAAAAGUUUGGAGAACACUGGCAAAAAUUGUCAAGAUCAACUUUUUCCAUAACUUUAAAAAUUAACCAGAUUUACAACAAUCUGUUGGGAGUAGAGGUGGGGGGGUGCUUAAAACAACAACAAAGAGCAUAAUCUCUGUGAGAGCAACAAGCUUUGUGGCAUUUUCACCUGCCUUAACACGUCCCCCUUUCUGCAGCUCCACUGUAGCCUUGAAAACCUACAGCUUGCAGUCAUGGUGAAAAUUAGCAGCCUAGCUGGCACUGAACAAGUCAGAACAGAGUUGAAGCUCUUUCAAAGCCCCUUCCUCAGAGAACUGUCGUUAUAUGACCUGUCUGGCAGUGUCCUGGUAAACCCCACUUGAAAGCUUUGUCUUUAUUUCACCUCACUGAAAACUCACCCAGUGCAAAGAGUAUUUUCCCUAGAGGCAAUUGUCAAGAACAAUCAGCCACAACUAUUCAACAAAGUAGCUACCUCAGGUGCCAAUUGGGGUAAUCAACAAAAUAACGAAAAAACUUAAAAGGAAAAGUUAGGGAGUAAGAUAUCCAUAGGGGGCUUUGAAAAGAUCUGAUAUGUUCCUGAGAAUCUAGAAGGCUAAUGGCAUAUAUAAGGUCAGAGUUGUGUGCAUGCUCAGGAAAGACCUGAGAAGGUCCUAAGCUCACCUCUGGCUAAACCUGGGGCUCUGCACAAGCAAAAGGCAAAGGCUAAGGUAGAAUUGUAAACUGCCUGGCUGAGUACCACAUUAUGCAGCCAGAGGUCCAAUAAAGACCAGGAGACUUUUUAGUUCAGUCAUUUAAGGACAUCUCUGUCCAGUCAGUAGCUAAGGGAAGAGAAAAUUCAGUGGCCGUGUGGGAAAAAGAAUUACAGACUUUAUAGAAUUAGCUUGGAAAAGUCACUAAAUAAACAACCACAACAAUAAACAGCAACAACAACAACAAACUGGGAAAGAGGAGGAUUUGAUUGAUUUUUAGAGAAGCUACAUUAUAUUAUUUUAAAUGUCCAGUUUUCAACAACAAAAAAGAAAGACAUGCAGAUAAACAAUAAAGGGUGACCUAUAUACCUAGGAAAAAAAGCAGUCAAUAGAAACUAUCCCUGAGGAAGCCAAAACAUUGGAUUUACUAGACAAAGACUUUAACUAGCUAUUUUAAAUAUAUUAAAGGAAACCAUAUAUAAAGAACUAAAGGAAAGUAUGAAAACAAUGUUUCUCCAGGUAGAGAAUAUUAAUAAAUAGAAAUUAUAAAAAAGACAACCAGGCACGGUGGGUCACACCUGUAAUCCCAGCACUUUGGGAGGCCAAAGUGGGAGGAUUGAGCCCAGGAGUUCGAAACUAGCCCAGGCAACAUAGUGAGACCUCCUUUCUACUAAAAAUGAAAAAUUGGCUGAGUGUGGUGGUGUGCACCUGUCAUCCCAGCUACUUGGGAGACUGAGGCAGGAGGAUCACUUCGGCCUAGGAGGUUAAAGCUGUAGUGAACUGUGAUUGUGCCACUGCAUUCCAGCAUUCCAGCCUGGGGAACAGAGUGUAAAAACAAAAAACAAAAAACAAAAACAAGGAAAUUAUAGAAAAGAACCAAAUAGAAAUUCUGGAGUUGAAAAGAAAUCUAGCACAAGACAUCAAGGAUAAAACCCUAAAUUUUAGUGGACAUCAAAAUUAAAGGUAUAGGUGGAGAAGGAGAACCAUUUAAGAAUAAUGAGAGGGAAUGCUCAGUUAGCCAAGGAAGGAGAGUGUUUCAAAAGUAGGAGAUCAGAACACAAAAGUUAGAUAGAUAAAGAACGAAAAGUGUCCUUCGGAUUUGCCUGUUACAAAGUCGUUGGCAAUCCUGGAGCAAUUUUGAAGAAGUGUUUUGCAUGGAAGCAGAUGAGAUUCAGAAAGAAUUGUAAGUGAGAAAGUGGCAAUAAUAGUGCCGGUACACUUUUAGAAAUAGUGGUUAUGACUGGAAAGUGAUAAAUAUGUAAGGGAUGUACCUAAAUUAUAGGUACGUGUUCUGUAUGAAUGAAGUCUUGGGUUUGAACCUAGCCUCUUCACUCUCUUUAGUAUGUAGCUUAGCCAGUUAAUCCUAGUUUCUUAUCUAUAAAAUGGGAAUAUAGUACCUACCUUAUAAUGCUGUUCUGUGGAUUAAAUGAGGAAAUAUGUGUAUGUAAAGUAUAUAGUAGAGUCCCCCAAAAACAGUAGAAGCACAAUCACUUCCAGAAUUCUCUUCCCAACAUUUCUACAAAAGGGAGCCAUGAUGGAUCUACUUACCUGGUUCUUGUUUGUUUGUUUGCCAAUAAUAAACCUCUUUUUUUUUUUUUGUCUUGAAACAGAGUCUCGCUCUGUCGCCCAGGCUGGAGUGCAGUAGCGUGAUCUUGGCUCACUGCAACCUCUGCCUCCCAGGUUCAAGCGAUUCUCCUGCCUCAGCCUCCCAAGUAGCUGGGAUUACAGGCAUGUGCCACCAUGCCCAGCUAAUUUUUGUAUUUUUAGUAGCGACGGGGUUUCACCAGGUUGGUCAGGCUGGUCUUGAACUCUUGACCUUGUGAUCUGCCUGCCUUGGCCUCCCAAAGUGCUGGGAUUACAGGCAUGAGCCACCGUGCCCAGCCCAAACCUCUUGUUUUUAUCACAGUAUGAAAAAUAAUUUUUAACCAUUUUUGGAAAAGAAUGUUCUUUAAUUUGUAAAGAAAAUUUGUUUUCUAGUGUGACACCCUCAAGGUACCGUAUCUCUAUGUAAAUGUUGUGCCCAAUGCUACACAGACAUUAUUUUAAAACUAUUUUCUGCCUUUGGUAAAUAGACUAAACUGUUUUCUUUAUUCCUCAAAAGAAUUAGAUCAUACUUCAGUGUUGAUUUUGUUGCUGAUGGGACAUGGAGACGUCUGGAUGAUAAUAAAUAUUCCUGUGGUAUGGUCACUGAAGCCUUUAAGAGUUAUGCUGUAGUUUGUGUGUAAAGAAAUGACUUAAAUCCUCCUUUCAGACAGCUUCCUUACUCAUAUAGGAAAUCUCUGUUUCAUUAGGAGAUGAAUAUGAUAUUUCAUUUUAGUUGUUCUUGUUGACAUACAACUUUUUUCUCCUCUGAAAUAGCAUGUUUUUAUUAUAAUUUGCUUGAUUGCCAUUAUUAGAUAUUUUUGUUCUGCCGUCCACUGAAAUACUCAGAAAUCAUGCUUUAUAGUAACAAUAUAAUUUUUCAUAUCUAUAUUUGUUAUUAAAAUUUAGAUCUAAUUUUUAUACAAUAAAAUGCACAGUUCUGCCUCUCAGAACCUUCCUGCUGCCGCGUUUGCACCUUGCUGCUCUAGCCUCUGGGGUGCAUUCCAUCCUUUCAGCCUGCAACUAGCAGAGAAAAAAAAUUACAUAUUUUCUUGCCCCAUGCAUACCUUGAGGUGAGCAAAAAAAUUAAAAUAAAUUUUAACCAUGAGGGAAAUUGUGCAUAUCCAGGCCUGUCAGUGUGGCAACCAGACGGGUGCCAAGUGCUGGGAUGUGAUCAGUGAUGAACGUGAAAUCGACCCCACCAGCACCUAACAUGGGGACAGCGACCUGCAGCUGGACUGUGUCUCCAUGUACUACAGUGAAGCCACAGAUGGCAAAUAUGUUCCUUGUGCUAUCCUGGUGGAUCUAGAACCUGGGACCAUGGACUCUUGCUAGCUCAGGCCCUUUUGGCCAGGUGCUUAAACCAGACAACUUUGUUUUUGGUCAAUCUGGGGCACGCAACAACUGGGCCAAAGGCCACUACAUAGAGGGGGCCAAGCUGGUUGAUUCAGUUGUAGAUGUGGUACAGGAGGAGUAAGAGAGCUGUGACUGCCUGCAGGGUUUCCAGCUGACCCACUCAAUGGGCUUUGGAAUGGGUACUCUCUUUAUCAGCAAGAUCCGAGAAGAGUGCCCUGAUUGCAUCAUGAACACCUUCAGUGUGGUGCCUCCACCCAAAGUGUCUGACACUGUGGUCGGGCCCUAUAACAUCACCCUUUCCGUCCAUCCGUCGUUAGAGAACACGGAUGAGACCUACUGCAUUGACAACGAGGCCCUCUAUGACAUCUGCUUCCGCACUUUGAAGCUGACCACACCAAACUAUGGGGACUUGAACCGCCUUGUCUCAGCCACCAUAAGCAGUGUUACCAUCUGUCUCCGCUUCCCUGGCCAGCUCAAUGCUGACCUCCGCAAGUUGGCAGUCAAACUGGUGCCCUUACCACGUCUCCACUACUUCAUGGCUGGCUUUGCCCUCUCACCAGCUGUGGAAGCCAGCAGCAUCGAGCUUUCACAGUGCCCGAACUCAUCUGGCAGGAUUUCAAUGCCAUGAACAUAAUGAGACCCCUGCCACAGCUUAUAUCUCACUGUGGCUGCUGUCUUUGUGGUUAGAUGUCCAUGAGCAGAUGCUCAACGUGCAGAACCAGAACAGCAGCUACUUUGUGGAAUGGAUCCCCAACAACAUCAAGACAGCUGUCUGUGACAUCCCACCUCAUGGCCUCAAGAUGGCGGUUACCUUAAUCGGCAGCAGCACUGCCAUCCAGGAGCUCUUCAGGUGCAUCUUGGAGCAGUUCACUGCCAUGUUCCCCUGGAAGGCCUUCCUCCACUGGUACACAGGCAAGGGCAUGGAUGAGAUGAGAGUUCAGCAAGGCUGAGAGCAACAUGAACGACCUUGUCCCUGAGUAUCAGCAGUACCAGGAUGCCACCGCAGAAGCGGAGGAGGAUUUCGGUCUUGCUCAGUGUGCAGAACUCUGCUGGCAGCUGAGAGGGGAAGCCGGAAAGAGGCAAGUUCCUGGUGCGAAGGUGGCUCUGCAGCAUAAUCUCGGCCUUGGAGGAGCUGUGGUUGUAACACUCUACAAGAUGGGUUUUCCGGAAGCCGCCAGUUCUUCUAGAACUCAUCAAAUUGAAGCUGUUCCAACCAGCUCUUCAAGUGAUGGAUUUAAGGCAAAUCUUGUUUUUAAGGAGAUUGAGAAGAAACUUGAAGAGGAAGGGGAACAGUUUGUGAAGAAAAUCGGUGGUAUUUUUGCCUUCAAGGUGAAAGAUGGCCCUGGGGGUAAAGAGGCCACCUGGGUGGUGGAUGUGAAGAAUGGCAAAGGAUCAGUGCUUCCUAACUCAGAUAAGAAGGCUGACUGCACAAUCACAAUGGCUGACUCAGACUUCCUGGCUUUAAUGACUGGUAAAAUGAAUCCUCAGUCGGCCUUCUUUCAAGGCAAAUUGAAAAUCACUGGCAACAUGGGUCUGGCUAUGAAGUUACAAAAUCUUCAGCUUCAGCCAGGCAACGCUAAGCUCUGAAGAACUCUCUUUGGCUACUUUUGAAAAUCAAGAUGAGAUAUAUAGAUAUAUAUCCAUACAUUUUAUUGUCAGAAUUUAGACUGAAACUACACAUUGGCAAAUAGUGUGGGAUAGAUUUGUUUCUUAAUGGGUGUGACCAAUCCUGUUUUUCUUAUGCUCUGGGUGAAUAGAGCCUGAUGGUAUACUACUGCUUUGCGGAAUUGCAUACAACUGUGCAUUACAAAGUUAAUAUGGUAAUUAUGGUCUGGGGUAAAAUUGAGUUUCAGAAUAAAAUUAGGAACAGUAAAAUCCAAAGAACUAUGUAAACAAAAAAGCUUUUGUUUUGCUUACAAAGUAUAUUUAAGGAUUAUUCUGCUGAAGAUUCAAUUUAAGAGUUUUCCUUGGGAGAACUAAGUAAGAAACACAAUGCCAACAGCUGGCCAGUAAUUAGUGUUGUGCACUUAAUGUCAUUAAUCAAUUUCUCAAUAGUUCUUAAAAUUAGUGAGAUUAAAAAAAAAUCUAAAAAUUUUGCAUUUCAUGCUAUCAGAAACAGUAUUUUCUUCCCAAAUCAAAAUAAAAGAAAUAUGAUCAGAGCUUGAACACAGGCUUAUUUUUAAAAUAAAAAUAUUUUUAAAAUGGGUUUCCUUCUUGAAAAAUCAGUGUAUUAGUCAUAAAACACCAUCAUUAAGAAUAAUUGAACAAUAAAAUUUGCUUUCAGAUGCACAGUUUUCAAAUUAUAAUCUCAUUUCAAUUUAUAAAGUUCUCAGUCCUUUGUUAUAAUUUUCCUUUUUCAUGUAAGUUUAAUUUUCUGCAUUUAUCUUUUUUCCUAGUUUUUCUAAUACUAAUGUUAUUUCUUAAAAUUCAGUGAGAUAUGCGAUAAAAUAAUGCUUUGAGAAGAAUGUUUAAUAGAAAAUUAAAAUAACUUUUUCUGUC